AUGGCGAACACAGCACAUUUGAUGAGGCGACAGAGCUCGCGGGACCUGUACGCGCAAAGGUCUGUAGAUCGUAUGGAAAUGAAGGAAUUACGUGGGCGACUGGUCACAAUGGAGAAUGGGCAUCCAUCGCACCGUACACAUGUUAUGUACGGAGCCACUAACGAGGCAUUCGAAGACACUAGUCCGAACAGGCGCUUAUCCGAAACACCAACCAGCAAAGCCAGCUCUGUAGAAGAAAGAGCUGGCAUCAAGCCAGAGGGCGGCGAGGGAGAAAGGGAAUCUUGGGACAGUAAACUCACGUUCCUCCUAGCUACGGUUGGAUAUGCCGUUGGUUUGGGCAAUGUUUGGAGAUUCCCUUAUCUGGCCCAGAAAAAUGGUGGAGGGGCGUUUCUCAUUCCAUAUUUUGUAAUGUUGGCUAUUGAAGGGAUACCAAUAUUUUAUUUGGAGUUGGCGAUUGGACAAAGAUUGAGAAAGGGCGCGAUUGGAGUAUGGCAUCAAGUGUCACCAUAUUUGGGAGGUAUAGGCAUCAGUUCGGCGGUGGUUUCCUUCAACGUGGCGCUGUACUACAAUUCCAUCAUAGCUUGGUGUUUGUUCUACUUCGCUCAGAGUUUCCAGGCGGAGUUGCCGUGGGCUGAAUGCCCGAAGAAAUACUUCAGCAAUGGAUCUUACACCACUGAACCAGAAUGCGCUCUUAGCAGUCCGACCCAGUAUUUCUGGUAUAGAACAACUCUUCAAAUAUCCGAAGACAUCAACCACCCACAAGGUUUCAACUACAAGAUAGCCUUAGCCCUCGUCAUCGCCUGGAUUCUUGUCUACAUGUGCAUGAUUAAAGGCAUCGCCUCAUCAGGCAAGGUUGUCUAUGUCACCGCAACUUUUCCCUACAUAGUUCUAGUUAUAUUCUUCUUUAGAGGGAUCACAUUGAAGGGAAUGAGUGACGGACUAAUUCAUCUCUUCACGCCGAAGUGGCACACGAUUUUAGACCCUGUCGUCUGGCUAGAAGCAGGCACGCAGAUAUUCUUUUCCCUUGGCUUAGCCUUCGGGGGUCUAAUUGCCUUUUCGUCGUAUAACCCCGUCGAUAAUAAUUGCUACAGAGACGCGAUAAUGGUCUCUAUGACCAACUGUUUAACGUCGAUGUUCGCCGGCAUUGUCGUGUUCUCUAUAAUCGGUUUCAAAGCUACGAUGGUCUAUGAAAAAUGUUUGGACGUCAGAAACGAGACUUUAUUGGACAUGUUCGGGCCAGGUUACAAAUCUAUGGUGUUCCCGGACCCCGGCCAGAUGGUGACAGUUGAUAUAAAUGGCAAUCUGACGAAAUUGAUCAUGCCUCAGUUGCCGGAGUGUGAUUUGCAGAAGGAACUCGAUAAUACGGCGUCCGGCACCGGCCUGGCAUUCAUAAUCUUCACGGAAGCAAUUAACCAAUUUCCCGGAGCACAGUUCUGGUCUAUUCUGUUCUUUUUGAUGCUGUUCACGCUGGGCAUAGACUCGCAAUUCGGCACUUUGGAGGGCGUUGUCACCUCAAUAGUUGAUAUGAAGCUACUACCCAAUUUGAGAAAGGAGUACUUAACUGGUGGUAUCUGUCUGAUAUGCUGUCUACUGUCUAUGGCAUUCGCCCACGGCUCUGGCAGUUAUAUAUUUUUGCUCUUCGAUAUGUACAGUGGAAACUUUCCUCUACUCAUCAUAGCUUUCUUUGAGUGCAUCGGAAUCGCUUAUGUUUAUGGAGUUAAGAGAUUUGCUGACGAUAUUGAAUUGAUGACUGGAACACGCCCAGGUAUAUACUGGCUGAUCUGCUGGAAAUAUCUCUCACCACUCGCUAUGCUUUCGAUCCUCGUAUCCUCCUUCGCGCAACUGGCCAUGGAGGGAUCUGGGUACGAGGCCUGGAUACCGUCUGAAGGUGACACCGUUAAGAAACCCUGGCCGAUAUGGGCCGUGUUGCUUGUUGUGGUGUUGGUUCUAGCGUCUGUGCUCUGGAUACCCGGAUUGGCUAUAUGCAGAUACUUCGGCUAUCCGAUAAUAGAGGACGAGGAGCGUGCCUGGUUUCCCGCUGAAGAGUUACGAGACUUUCACGGCAUAGAACCGCGGCCGGUGUCAGCCACUGAGACCCUGUUAUUCUGCACCAGACCUGAUGGAAGCGAGAAGUGCUGUUGGCCAGGAUGCUGCGAUACUGAUGACGAUGAGUAG